AAAAAAAUUACCUUUUUCUCUUUUGUAUUUUGUUUUAGAUAAUUUAAUUUUAAAUAUAAAAAUUCUUCUCAAUUCGAGUGGCGCAGAUCAAAAUUAGUUUGACCAUCAUGAGCUGGCAGGAAACAAUUUUUUGCUAAUGACACUAUAAUGACGGCGGCGGCGGCGAGAGCGCGAUUUCGAAAAAGCGCAGGCAAGGCGCGCGCAGCUUUUGGUUGAGCAGGAUAGCGAGCUACUCAGGGCGGCAGAUAGUGAAAAGGUCGGUGUCGAAGGUGCACAGGCAGUCAGGGCGAUGGACGUCAGCGGAGCGGACGACCGCAAUGCCACCACGAGAGACCCACUCGAAGACCUCAAACGGAACGUCGAUGACUUUUUUCUCAUUACGAACGCCAUCAUCAUUUGCCUAAUGCAAUGCGGAUUUGCCUGCUUGGAAGUUGGCUCGGUGAGGGCGAAGAACGCAACAAACAUUAUGAUGAAAAACAUGAUGGAUAUGUUUAUUAGCGGCACUUGUUACUGGUUGGUUGGCUACUCGCUGGCAUUCGGCUCGGGCUCGUCGUUCACGGGCUUGUGGGACUUCGUUGCGGGACGAGGACUGUCAAACGGCGCCUUCUUCUCGCACUGGUUCUUCCAGUUCACCUUUGCGGCCACGGCGGCCACCAUCGUGUCUGGCGCCGUCGCUGAGAGGUGCAGCUUUGUCUCCUACCUCGCCUACAGCGCCGUCAUUUCAGGAUUUUUAUAUCCGAUCGUUUCGCACUGGGCGUGGUCUCCAGAGGGCUGGCUGUCCAUUCUGGGCUACCAGGACUUUGCGGGAAGCGGCGUGGUGCACCUUCUUGGCGGAGUUUGCGCCCUCGUUGGCGCCGUCGUGCUUGGACCCAGGAUCGGACGCUUUGACGCCAAGGAAAACGAGCUCCCUGGACACUCCACACCAUUGGUGGGUGUGGGAGGGAUGAUCCUGUUCACCGGCUUCCUGGCGUUCAACGGCGGCUCUCUGGGCCACAUUUCCCAGCCGGGCGACGGCGAGCAGGUGGCCAAGGUGCUGGCCAACACGGCCCUUGGCGGCGCUGGCGGCGCUCUGGUCACCAUGGCCCUCUCCAGGGCGGGACUCGCCGGACGGGCCGCCAACUGGAGUUUCCUCAACUCGCUCAAUGGAGCACUCACGGGCAUGGUGUCGGUAUGUGCGUGUGCAGACCAGCUGCAGAUGUGGGCAGCCCUGAUCGUUGGCGCCGUUGCAGGUCCAGUCUUUUGCUUUGUCAGCCGUACCCUGAUAGCUCUCAAAGUUGACGAUCCUCUGGACGCAGUAGCAGUGCACGGAGGCGGCGGGGUGUGGGGCCUGGUGGGAGGAGCCCUCCUCAGGUCGGACACCCUGGUGGCCGGCGACCUGGGAGCCGCCGGCCGCCUGGUGGCGUGCAACCUGGCAGGCGCGGCGGGCAUCGCCUUGUGGUCGGGCGGCGCCUGCCUGCUGCUAUUUGGCGCUCUGCGGAAGGCCGACCUGCUCAGGGUGUCGCAGCAGGAGGAGCUGGAGGGCAUGGACCUGAGCAAGCACGCCGAGCCGGCAUACCCUGGUCCACCCUGGCAUGGAGGCACAGUUUCAGGAAAGAACCCUGAAGGUAGCUACUCGAAUCGUGCCUUCAACAACGAAGAAUGAAGUACACAUACAGAGAAUUUAAAUAUCUCAUCUUAAUUUUUUAAUAAUUUAAUAAUUUUUAUAGCCAGAACGAACAUAAUAAAAGUACAAAAUGAUGUCGAUUUUAUUUCU